AUGAUUUAUUUAUUACUUUUUCUAUCAUUUGUUUUUAUUUUUGGAAAAAAAGAAAUUUGUAAAAGUGAUGUGUUAUGUGACAAGGAUAAUGAUUUUAAAAUUCAAAAACCAUUUUGUGGUUCUGAUGGUAGAUCAUAUAAAAAUAUUUGUCAAUUAAAAAUUAGUAUUUGUAAAGAAAGAAAUGUUAUAAAAUUAUUUGAUGGAUAUUGUUUUUCUAAUUCCACAUGUUAUGAAGAAAAAGAAAAAAGAAAAUUAUAUAAUAAAAAUCUUGAACUUUUUCAUCAUGAAUCAGCUCCAUAUAUUCCAAAAUGUGAUAAUAAUACUGGAAAUUACCAAGAAAUACAAUGUCAAUAUAAUAACCAAUAUUGUUGGUGUGUAAAAAAAAAUGGAAUAAUUAUACCAUAUACAGCUAUUAUAGGUAAUAAACCAAUUUGUAAAAAAAGAAAAGUAAUACAUAUAUCACAUCAUAAAAAAAAGAAUAAGAAUAUCACAAUAAAUAUUCAUAAUUGUGCAUCUUAUUUUACAACAAAUAAAAAUUUAUCACAAAAAAGUAGUGAGGAAUGGCUUAAAACAAAAGAUGACGUUAUUAAAAAAGAAAAUCAAUCUUUUGUAACUAAUAUAGGAUUCCAAACUACUGAUGAAUUAACUAAUUGCAAAUAUCAAAGAACACUUAUAUUAAAUAGAACAUUAUUAUCAAAAUUAUCUUCAACAUAUAUACCAAUUUGUCAAAAAUUAAAUGAAAAUUUUUAUGAAGAAAUACAAUGUCAUCCAACAAGUAAAAUUUGUUGGUGUGUAGAUAUAAUUAAUGGAUAUCCAUUACAUGGAACUUCUGUUAUUAAUAAAUUACCUAGUUGUAGUAAUAAAACAAGUACAAUAAAAGUUAGAGAUGUAAUUUCAAGAUUUCAAAUUAAAAAAUGUCCAAAAAAGAAAAGAAUACAUUUUUAUAGAUCAUUUUUUAUUAAAAUUACUAAUGAUAUGAUAUCAAAAUUAAAUUCAACUACAGAUAUUGAAAAUAUUGGAAAAAAUUUUGACAAAGAAAGUAGAAUCAAAAUAAUGCUUUGGAAGUUUAAGGAGUUGGAUAAAGAUAAAGAUGGAGAUUUAAGUGAAAAGGAGUUAGUAAUAUUAAAGAAAAAUUUAAAAAAUAUUAGAAAUAUUAAAAGUUGUGUGAAAAAUUUUAAAGAAUUUUGUGAUUCUGAUGGUGAUAAAGUAAUUUCAAAAAAUGAAUGGAUUUAUUGCACUGUUGAAGGUUCAUUAAGUUCCUCAUUAUUGUCUAUUGGUAAAAAACCUCAUGCUAAUCCAUUUUUACAUAUAUUGAAGCCAGAAUAA